UUAGUUCCACACUGGUCCUCUCAGACUGGAAGCAGGUUGACUGGGAGCCACCAGCUAGGGUGGAUAGUGAUGAGGUGGUGAAAUACUGCUUAUGAGAGUGUAGUUUGGUUGCAUACUGAUAGACUUAACAUACUGUACGACAUCUUUUAGCAAAAAUGACGACUACUACGACAUUUCAAGGGAUGGAGCCCGGUGCUAAAAACAGUUCCAGGGUUUUGCGCCCUCCUGGUGGUGGCUCCAACAUUUCGCUUGGUGCAGAUGAGGAGAAGCCGCCUGUCCGGAAAAACAAGAUGGCGUCUAGCGUUUUUGCCGAGCCAGAAGACCCUUAUGCUAAUCGAAGGAACAACCCACCAGGCGGGAAACCAACAGGUGUGCUGUGUGGAGAGCCAUCGGCCCCCCUGAGGAGAGGAGGAAAUCAUACUACCGGUCACUUGGGGGACACGCCCACCACAGAUGGAGAUAUCUCUGUACGUGAAAAUGAAAACAGCGCUGCUGAGCCUGAAGCAGUUCGAGAGCAGCAAGAUGAGGCCCCCCAGGCUGAGGAACCCUGUGCAGGACUACCAUCUGGCCGCCGAAACCCCCCGGGGGGCAAGUCCAGCCUGAUCCUUGGUUGAAAGCCACUCGACUACCCCUCCUUACCUCCAUUCAUCUUCGAACAUCUUUUUUAUUUAAAGCAAGAAUCCCCAGCUCAUUUGUCUGUCCUGCAGGAAUCCUCUGAUGUCCAGCAGACACCAGUCUCCUCCACACCCCCAAGUGCAUUGUUUUGAUACCUCUUUUUUGAAAACCGUUUUGUACUGUUUUUAUUGUUUGUUUAUUUUGACAGAAGCACUUUAUGUAUUUCUAUGUAUACGGUUCAAAGUCUGCCUUUACCUCUGAAAUGCAUUUGACCUGCCAGGUAGGGUACAAGGCUCACAUUUCUCACAUCAGCCAAAUGGUAAAUCUCCCCUAACUUUAAUGCAACAGCACAAGCUGUGAAUGAAUAGAGAAGCAUUUUGUAGAACACAAGCAAAGGAAAAAAGCUUUUGCUCCGUGUUGAUCUUUGACCCCAUCUUGCAUGCAUGUCCAGUCUUUAACGUAUGAAUGUGAGAAGAAACAUAACUGUGAAUUUUCUUCCGUUUAAUCUGUUAAAUACUUUUUCUUUUUUUUGUUGUGAAACAAUUCUUGUUCUUGUUGUUGCAUGAAGUUGGACUCUUUCUACUGAUUAUAGUAUUAUUAUCCACAGGAUUCUCAUAAAUUACUGUCAUUAUGAUCUGGAAAAUGCAGACAUUUGUCUUCAGUUGAGUACUGUAGGGUCACAUGCCAGGUAAAAUAAAAAAAACUAAACAAAAAAAACAAAAGAAAGUUGGAACAAGCCGUUUUUGCUACUGUCUCGAGCAUUAGAUUAUUGUAACCCCAGUGCCGGUUUUAAGUGCCCCGUGUUUUUAUAGGUAAAAUUUACUCCAAAUUUUACUCUAAAGUGCGCCUGUUUGUGUGUUAGGCUACAGCAUCAAACAAGGUUGGGUUUCUUAAUUGCAUCCUACCAGUAUCACAGAUGGGUGUUUUUUCCAUUGCAUUUGCAUUGAAAAUCCAUGGACUGUUUAUAGUCCCGACAGCUGUGUUCCUGGUAAACCCAUCCUAGAUUUGACAAGUGACCUUAUGACAACCCAGCCUUCUUUUCACUGCUCUCCCCCUUUUAUACAUUAGUUGGUAUUCUUGCUCACUGGAAAUUUAGAACAAUCUUUCUGUAACUUUCACGUGGCAUUAUUCCAACCAAAAUUCUUCUUGCUUCUGUCCUCUUGAGUCACCUGCAUGGCAGCAAGCUGUCAUGCAAGAAAAUCUGCAUUUUAAGUUUGCAUUGUUUAGUGUUGUGUCUUUCUCUUAUGUUUAUUAUGAUGCAGCGCUUGCAUCAUACCAUUUCCUGUUGCUGGAUGUAAGUCACUGCUGAAAUUUAAAAUCAAUAAAUGGCACAAGUGGACAUUGACAUUAAAUCAGUUUUGACCAUCAGGUGUGUUUGUAUAUUUGUAGUGGCUGUUAGUUCGUUUCACUUGGAGGAAAAAAACUUUGCAGCCACUAAUUUGCCUGAUUAAUAAAAUAAAAUAUUAUUUGAACAGUUACA